AACUUUAAAAAAAAUCCUUUGCAGGUUCCGCUAGAAGGCCCCCCUAAGACGGGUUUCGUAGAACAAAAUCUUAUCCUCCGGUGUCACGAAAUGUUUUCUUGCUGCUUCUCUAUCUCACACACUCAUCCUCCUCUAAACCUCUUCGGUUUCCCUUGUCGAACGUUAACUCCCUCCCACCACCGCCACCACCAGCUUCAGUUGAAGCAGCAGCAACAACCCAAGAGAAUCAUUGUCUUCAGCUACGAAGUGGGUGGCGGUUACGCCGCGGAGGAACAACUCCACCACCGGAAUGAACCAGAUAUUGAUACUUCUGCCCAGCGUGAGGCACUUCUCAAUGGAGGUGAACAAGUCAUCUCUGUUCUCCAGGAAAUGAUUACCCUUUUGGAAGAAAUGGAUAUUCAAGAAGAAGAAUCUGAGAAAGUUGCAGUGGAGCUCGCUGCUCAAGGAGUUAUUGGAAAGAGAGUUGAUCAGAUGGAGUCUGAUUUCAUGUUGGCUCUUGAUUACAUGAUUCAGCUUGCUGAGCAAGACCAGGAUGAUAAGCGCAAGUCACUGUUGGAAGUUAUCAAAGAGACUGUAUUAUCACAUCUAACAAAAAAAUGUCCGCCCCAUGUUCAAGUAAUUGGUCUUCUAUGUAGAACUCCCCUAAAGGAAAGCAGACAUGAAUUACUACGCCGAGUUGCAGCCGGUGGUGGAGUUUUUAAAGGCGAAAAUGACUUGAAGAUUCACAUCCCAGGGGCAAAUCUUAAUGACAUAGCUAACCAAGCUGAUGAUUUAGUAGAGACAAUGGAAACUCGUCCUGCUGUGCCUGAUCGAAAACUUCUGGCAAGGCUUGUUUUGAUCAGAGAAGAAGCUCGUGAUAUGAUGGGAGGGGGGAUUUUGGAUGAACGAAAUGACCGUGGAUUAAGUACUCUACCUCAAUCUGAGGUGAACUUCUUAACCAAAUUGGUGGCUUUAAAACCUGGGAAAGUCGUGCUUGGAAUGAUAAGAAAUGUAAUGCAAGGAAAAGAUGAAGGUGCAGACAACUCUGGCCGGAGCGAUGAAGAUGACACCACACAUAGGGUUACAAGUGGAAUUGCUGGAAGGGCUAGUGUGACAGGACGGAAGCCACAUCCAGUACGCCCUGGCAUGUUUCUUGAGACUGUCUCUAAGGUCUUGUCUGGUAUAUAUGCGGGAAAUGACUCUGGCAUCACUGCACAACAUCUAGAAUGGGUUCAUCAAAAGACACUUCAAGUGCUUCAGGAGAUAGCAUUUAGCUAGUUCUCUCCCUCUCUCCAUAUAAUUUUAUUUGUUAUGAACGAAGGUGGUCCAUUCUGUAUCCACUCUUUAGCCUUGUGCUGCCAAAAGUUAGGCUGUUUAUAGGGAUAGCAUUACAGGUUGUUAUAAAACAUUAGAACCUAAGCAAAAUGAAUAAUGUAAUUUGUUAUAUAUGAGUUGAAAAAGAACAGUAGACAUUAGAAUUUUUGAACUUUGCUUUGGGCUUCUGGUUUGAGCGUGAUGCACUUAAACCGUGAUUUGUGACAUUUCCCAUAGUUCUGCUUAGUUAAAUAUUUAUUUUACAUGAUA